AUGGACUUUUGUUUUUAUCUUUAUUUUGUUUCUCACUGUCAGUACGCCCUAACCUUGCGAUCAAGAAAAGAAUCACUAGCACAAAGAUUUGUUAUGGAUUUCGACGACAUAGAAGCGCCGAUCAAAGCCACUUCUCGAGUCUCAAGAUUCGCGCCAAAAGCAUCCAAACUCAAACCUAAAACCGAACAAAUACUUCUUCCCAAAUCUGAACCACCUUCAUUCCCAUCCGCCAAAGUCAAGCCACCAGAAAUUGACUUAACUGCCAAACCUAAUGGCAUCACAUCGACCAAUGGCAUUGUCAAAAUUGACGAGUCUGAAGCAAAAUUGGAUUCCAUGGAUGUUGAUAUGACCGAGGCUGAAGUUCAAGAGGAUUCAACACAUGCUAAUCCAAUGGAGGAAGACGAAGAAGAGGAUAUUGUGGUUCGUAAAAUUGAUGUGUACUUUUCUCCUUCUAUCAAUGGCGGCACAAAGUCGCAAACUCUCUCUAAACCUCUCGAUUCAUCUCCUUCACAAUUGAAUCUGGGUGUAGUUUAA